AUGGAACCCUUGAGGGUGCGCGUCGUGUUUGAGGACCGCCAUGUGCUCAGCAAGUCCCAGAGAAGACAGGGCCUGAGGCGCUGCUGGGUCCUCCUACGCCCCGAGAUGGACACCGUCGCGGCUCUCGCCUCUCACAUCAUCCGAAGCUUCGACCUCCAGGAAACCUGCCCUAGAGGCCUUCUUCUCUCAGUGAGUAGCACACCCGUAUCUGGUUCCCUUCCUUCUUAUUUCGUCUGCUUGAAGAGGGGAGAAUUGAUUUCCUGGUUGUACUCCUCCGUGCUUGGCUGUGUGAGCUUUUGUAGAACUGCCCCCUAUUGAAUCCAAUUCAUAUCUUUAUAUAAAGUGUCCAUUCCGUGCAUUCAGCUUUACUACGUCUGAUUGAGCCUCAAUGGCCCUUCCAAUGCCCUUUUGUUACAUGUUUCAAAUUCAGAGUGCCUCUUUGGUUUGAUCAACGCGUUGACAUGGCACCGUUUGUUACAGAUGGAUCAAUUCGUUCUACCACCAUUUGAAUCCACUGAAAUUUUCAAGGACAAGGAUGUCAUCGGGUCAGUGUACUCCUUUACGCUGUUAAUGUUUUCAAGGCAGAUUGCACAAGCUGUCGUUCUUUUUAUAUAACUGCUCUUCUAUGCUUGUUGUAAUCGUAAUUAUUUCCCUUUCAAAAGAGAGAGGCAUUGCCGAUGAACCACGAGCGUUAGAUGUUGGAUUUUUUACUGUUAAUCUUUUAAAUGACUCUUGUUAGGUAGCGUCUGUUAUCAUCUUCCACCUAAGGUGGUCCUCAUUAUUUUCUGGCAUCUCCUUUCUAAAAAAAUGAAUGACAGAAGUCACCUCAGCUGGGGGUAUGACGUAGAUCCAUUAACCUUCAGCAGAAGAGAGCUGAAUGCAAUGACUUUCUCUUUUGACUCCAAAGGAUGGCGUGGAUUAGUAUAGAUGUUUUUAUACUGGCCAAUCCUAAUACUAUUGAAAUUUAAAUGCCUAAAAUUAGUGGUUAGGAUGGGCUUUGGCAGUACUGUCUGUAGUGACGGUAAAUUACGAUGAAAUCUACAAUGUUCUAUCAGAAGUAAAUUAGGAUGGCAUUUUCUGACUAUCCAUUCUAUCAGAAGUAGCGAUAUUCCUGCAGUAUUGGGUCUAAUAGUGUUUCAAAGAGGCUUUUCUAUCAAUUGUUGAUGAAUUAGUAUUAUAGGAAAUGGACAGGAGAAAAGGUUUAACUGGUGGAGAUUUAAUUAUAUUUCCUUCUUCUUAUUUUUGAUCCCUUUAUUUUUGGACUCAUCUUUAUUCGAACAUCCUUUCCAAUAUUAGCGAGUCUUGUGUUGUUACUCGUCCACACAUUAAUUUCAUUGGAGUACCACUAACCAGGAAUUUGAUGCAUUGUUAUUUCUAAUAGUGAGUAGUCUCUAGUUGGCAUUUAGAGAUAUCUGGCUUGUUUAUGUACAAUCUGAGUUUACAUAAUUCGUUUUUUGUGAAAAAAUUGCGUUGCACUCAAAGCUGUCUGAUUUUCAGGGUUAGAAAGAGAGGUGCUACGCUGACAGAGGCCAUCAUGUUCAGUCAUGAUGCAAAUCAUAUCAAAGAUUCAAAAAUCAUAGACAAACAAGCAUUACUCUUGUGUGAUGAUGUUGUAGCGGGCGAAGAAUUUGUAAAGGAGUCAGGCGGUUAUGAGAGUGAAGAUGAAGAGAAUGUGGGAGAUCAGGCUACAGAAAUGGUUUGCCAUGAAACUCCAUUAAAUGGAAAGACAGGCUCAAAGAGAAAGAGAGAUUCUAGCCGGCCUUCAAGCUCGAAGUAAUCUCUUCGUUUUUAUAACUUUUGUUUGAUCUCAUGUCCAUACCCUAAACUUAAACAGAAAGUUUAUGUUGGGCCUUAUUUGUUAGAAAAUCUCUGCCUUUUAUUAACAAUCUCCAAAGUUAUUCCUGUAUGUUCCUUUCACGUGUAAUAUUUUCGUGUCACAUAUGUUUUGAAAAUAAAGGAAUAUGGCCCGUACGUUUUUAUUAUUGGCUAACACUAGGGGCACUUAGUGGGGUUUCUACAUUGAAAACAUAUCUCAAAUUUCUAUCAAUGUUCACGUUAGACUAGAAUUUGAUUGCCCACAGGGUGGAGGGUUAUUUCUCGCAAGUCUGUUUCAUAUUGAAUCCUAUUUACUGACUAACUCUGAAAUCCAGAAGACAAUUUUACUGAAAUACCUGAAAUUUUCCAUGAACGGCUGAUCUUUACACCAUGAAACCCCCGCACUUGUCGGAAUAAUCUCAGGUUUGAAGCCAAAAGGCUUUCAUCUUUUUCAUAUUGAAUCCUACUGAUCAGCUUGUUCUUCAAAUAUAUGACAUUAGCGCAUAUUAGAGCCUAAGCUUGGAGUCCUUGUUGGAUAGUAUUUCUUUGGAUGCUGUAUCUACAGAAGCAACUCCCUGUAGUAGGCAUACAAUGACAUCUCCUAGAAGCAAUGGAAAAUUUCUGGACAGCCUGCGAAAAAGAUUGGACAGGCAGGGGGACAGAAAAUAUACUGUCCAAAUCUUCAUGUUAUACUUUUGAGUCUUAUAGGAGGGAGGGAGAGCUGCUUUAUGAAAGCUUUGAGGACCCAAUUGAAAACAUAUCUGUAUAUCCGUUCCUUUCUUUUUAAUAUUUGAAAGUACCUCGUGUCAUCCUCUUUCAAAAAUCAUAUUCCAUCUUUAAUAUUUUGUUGAUAGAUAAUUUUCUCUCUAAUUGUAAGGAUAAAGUUCUUUACAUCUUUUCUUUGGAAAUAGUAUUCCUCUUUGGUCAUCGUUUAUUUUAGUCCAUCUGGACAGAAUCACUUAAUAUUUAGAAUACGAGAAAUCCAUUGCAUAUGCACGCCCUUAGCUGGCUCUUACAAGAGGCUGACUGAAUAUGACCAACCCAUGUUCCGUGUUUCUUCCUGGGAUUGUGAUGCAUACAUGUGUGUCACCACUUUACAAGCACCAUUAGUGGGGACUGCUCAUUCAGUUGAAUAUCGUUUCAGCUUUUUGUGGUCCUAUUCCUUUUUCUCGUCGUUUCAACAUCUGUGGACUGCUUUGUAACAUUUAUCUUCAAUGUAAUAUAAGGAUUUGGUCAUUUUGAAUGAUUUUCUUUGUCAAAGUUCCUUCUCUGGAUAUGAAAAUUUUAUUUAUCUCCAUCCACUGUGAUGCUCUUGUCUUAUCUUGUACGACAGGUCAAAGAAAACGAAGAAAACCAGACCUGAUGAAUGCCCAACUCUUUCUCUUAAGGCUCCUGGAAAUGCUAUUUUAGAAGAGGUCCAUCCAGAAGAAGAUGAUGUUGGACUAGGAAUUUCAUCUAGGAGAAACCGAUCAUAUGAUGAACGUUCUUCAUCAAAGAAGCAGGAUGCUACUCUAAAGGAUGCGGCUUACACUACAGAGGAUAAGUGAGUUUUGAUAUUUUUGAGAUAAUGUAGAGUCACAUCUGGUUUUCUCUUCUUCAUUUACGCUUUCCACUCAUCCAUAGUAGGAUCCAGCCAUUGCUGCUAGCUCCUAAGUGAUGGAUUGUUUUUAAAUAGUUCUGGUCCCGUGCACAUGUGUUCAGAUCUGAGUUGAUAUGUCAUGCUAUUUAUUCUGACUUAGUUGGUAUGUUGGGAUCCGGUUUUCAGCUUUUCAUGUGAUGAUAUGAUAUGGUUGACCAACCUUCAAUCAAACUUUGAUUAUUUUUUUUAUUUUUUUUCACGGUUUUAGAUUGGACGGCUGAAUGGACGACCAUGACUUUGAAUUCGAGUUAAGGGUUUAAUAUAUGUUAACAUUCUUUCCAGUCAAAACAUAGUUAGACAUCGGUUACCCUUUCUUGUUUUGUGGUGCAUUCAGCAUGAAGUGUAUGUGUAUUUAUUGGUGCUUCUUGUAGAUUUUCUAUGGCAAUACUCAUCCGGAUAUGCUAAGAAAUAAGUGGAGCUGAUGGUUACAGAAGGAAGCAGAUAAUACUCUGAAUGAAAGAUGAAACAUCAUCAGAAAGCUAAAACCACAAAACUAGUUUGGAGUUUCUAUUUUCUCGCAUGAUGCAUGUGCAGGGUGGUGAGAAGAUCAAUUUGAUGUAUUUUGUGUAAGAUGCAAAUAAAUUCUGGUGCAGUAAGCUGUGGAAAAGCUUGAUAUGAAAUAAAGUGCUGGGGCAACUCAAAAUCUGUUGACUUCAUUUGUCUCUCUUCUUAGAACUUUUUGAGAUGAUUGGUUAAAAAAAAGGGCUGUCUAUGACUUCAGAGUUCGCAUCUCCUCAUCCAGCUACAUUCAUAACCCCCCUCUCCCUAUGAAAUAGCCUGCAUCCACCUUCAUGUCGCUAUCCCUCUUUCCAGGAUGGUCUUCCUCUUCCCACAUGGAAACCUCAGCUCUUUUCCCUUAUCUUUUACUUGUGGCCUACAUCUCCUGCCUUCCUAUUAUCACUGCUGUCUUCUUCUGUCUGGCAGUCCCCUUAGGUGCCUAUUUCUCUCCCUUUUUGGCGACUCACACUCCAAACCCCAUCUCCCUUUUCUUGGGUGAACGGAUCUUUCUCCCAAUCACACCUCAUCCCUCUUUCUUGGCUGUUCAGCCCGUCUCCCCAUCCAGCAAACUGCAGCCUUUCAAAGGAGUGACUGGAGGGUAAUACUAUCAUUCGCUAUCCAGUGAUUACAGAAGGGUUUUAACUACGGUUACACAAAUUACAAAAGGGAGUGACUUGAUAGUCUUAGUUAGAUGGAUUUUGGGGACUAAAAGCCAGCAGAUGCAGGGAAACUGAAGCCAAAACACCCGAAACAAGGAUGAUAGUGAAUAUCUACUUGACAAGUUUGUCAAAAAUUGAAGGGUAAUGUUUUGCAACAGCUCAUUGACCUGAGGGCAAGACAGGAGGCAUAUGAUAGUAUGCCUAAUGUUUGUGAGACGCAAAGUUUGUGUUGUUAUUUGAGAUAAAAAGGGAUGUGCUGGUAGAGAGCGAAAGAGAGCCAAAUAGCUAAGGCUGAUAUAGAUGCUGAUGUAGAUAGCCAAACGAUUGUUGAGCAAGGAAAAAGGUCUUUUCACGUUUGUAUAAUUAUGCCUCGUUAUUGACAACGUUUUAUGCCGAUAUCCAAGCAGUGAACAAAGUAUGCUUGGAAAAUUUUGGGGUGGGCGUUUUGUUGCUUUCGCGGAAUUGGGAUAGGGUAUGGUAGGCUAGUGAACCAUAGAAAUAAAGGUUAGAUUGAUAGAUAAUUUGGAAGAGGGCAGUCAGAACAAAACCUGAUGAUAACGAGUUAGAACGCGAGUAACAAUUCGUUUGGUCCCUUGUGACAUUCGUGGGAGCUCAUUAGACCUGCUGGGCCAAAGCCCACUUAGUGAUGAGACAGGAACUAGUUGUUGAUGUGUGAGGGACUUUUUGCUUAUGGGCCAAGUUCCAGUCGUUAAGAAAAUAGCACUCAUAUCUUGAUGGGCCAUGGCCCACUUUCGACAGAUCCGGGUGAACUGACUGUGAGGGCCCAUUUGAAGAUUCACCUCAUUUGGGCUACCAUGCUUAAUCUUCCUGUAAGCUUUUCUUUCGCUUGGCCUAAAGUUUCGACCACCAAAAACUUCUCUUUUCUCAGUUUUGGAGCACAGACUUUCCAGUAUCUUUCUUCAAAGUGCCAUCUUCUUUGGUCAUUUCAAUUUUUCUCCAGUGAUGAAUGAAACAAACCUCUAUCUGCGAAGGUCCUACGCGGAGUAGUUUUUCAUGUCUGCGGAAAAUACAUGACCCCAGGCUAUACGUGUGGUUGACAUAUCUUCUGUGAAUGUUUGUGAACCUGUCAUUGUCUCGGCCUUUUCAAUAUUAUUGGUCCUUCCUUUUUGAUAACUGGGAGUUGGAUGGGCCUUGUUUAGGCGAUCAUCUACUUUCUUGUCUCCUUUCCUGUUUGAAUACUGAAACCAGGCUUUGACAAAGAGGAAAUGAGACGUCCUAGUCUGCUACUGUGCCCGAUAACUGUUCCCUUGGGUCCUUUUUCUGCCACCUCCUCUCUUCUGGGUGUGUGUGUGCUUUAAACCGCUCACCAUAGAACCCACCAUAGAUCAGGGCAUCGAUAGAACUCCCCACCCCCCCAUCUUCUAGAACGGCAGUGAACGACAGAGGUCAAAUGGGGCUGGUGCUAAUUUCCAGGGUUUGAUGCUUCUGAGGAUGCAGCUGUUCAAAAGGUUAUUUUUGGAAUCGCUAGUGCCCACUGAUUGUAGGCAUUUAUUCUAAUGAUGUUGGCAGACCCUUACAGACCUGUUUCCGAUGAACCAUCUUUGUAGCAACUUUUUUUUUGGAAGAAAAUUUCCAUCGGCCUGUUUUUCCACUGCCACAUUUUUUGCUCUACCAAAAAGGUAGCCAAAUCGCCUACCUCAAGUGCUAGCGUAUAAGGAACUUUUGGCAGUGAAUCAUGUUUCAAAUUUCCGAAAUGUUUAAUCAUUGAGAUUUGUUCCCGAAAAUUCACUACGGGGAAGACAUGGAUUGCCACAUAAUCCAAGUUAAAUAAUGGCAUUUAGGUCCUGAACUGCAUCAAAUUAUGUGGACAUCACUUUAAGUGCAACUUUACAUUGUCAUAAAGUUAUCGUUCCAAUUAAGCUUUCCUUGUUCUUGUUCAUGCGGGUGAUAUAUUGAUUUAAAACUAUAAUCUUUUUUAGAUGUAGCUAUUCUUAAAUAUUGUGUGCAUUGUGUCUUCGACUGUCAUAUUCAGAGCAACUUUGACCAAAGUAUCUGUUCUAGGCAAAUUGAAGGUCAGGAAAGUCACCAAAUCAAGGCAGCAGAAGUUAAUGCGAGCGUUUCUGACAAAAAGGUACUUGAGUCUUUACUAUAACAACCUUUACAUUGUUAUUAUUAUAUGUUAUAAAAUUAUUUUAUACUAUCUCUAUAGCCAGACAGUUGGAGUUGCAAAGGAUAAUGAUGCCAUAUAUGUCCAAUUACAUGACAUUGGUAAACUGUUGAAUGAAUUGUGA